AUGGGCAGCUUGGACACCAACCCAACGACCUUCUCCGCCUUCCCCAACGACAAGGCGGCAGCGUUCGAGCCGCUAAACCCGGAAGAUGUCCGUGCAUACCUCCACAAGGCCGUCGACUUCAUCUCCGACUACUACACCAAUGUCGAGUCCAUGCCCGUUCUUCCUAACGUGAAGCCGGGAUACCUGCAGGACGAGCUCAGCGCGUCCCCGCCGACCUACUCGGCGCCGUUCGAUGUCACCAUGAAGGAGCUUAGGACCUCCGUUGUCCCCGGCAUGACGCAUUGGGCCAGCCCUAACUUCUUCGCCUUCUUCCCCUCCACCAACAGCGCCGCUGCUAUCGCUGGCGACCUCAUCGCCUCCGCCAUGAACACCGUCGGGUUCACGUGGCAGGCCUCUCCGGCGGCCACCGAGAUGGAGGUUCUCGCGCUCGACUGGCUUGCACAGCUCCUUCGCCUCCCCACCACCUUCAUGAACCGCACCAGCACCGGUCGGGGCACCGGUGGUGGGGUCAUCCUUGGCACCACGAGCGAAGCAAUGCUCGUCACGCUAGUCGCCGCACGUGAUGCCGCGCUGCGUCGGAGCGGCUCUGUUGGCGUGGCCGACCUGCCACGCUUGACUGUGUAUGCUGCUGACCAGACCCACUCCACGUUCUUCAAGGCAUGUCGGCUUGCAGGCUUUGAUCCCGCCAACAUUCGCUCCAUCCCUACCGGGCCAGAAACCGACUACGGGCUUGACCCGACCAACCUUCUCGAGAUCAUACAAGCUGACGCCGACGCCGGCCUCGUGCCAACAUAUGUCUGUGCCACAGUGGGCACAACGUCUUCCAACGCCGUCGACCCGGUGGGCGCCGUCGCCGACGUUGCCGCCAUGUUUAAUGCCUGGGUCCAUGUCGACGCUGCCUACGCUGGCAGUGCGUGCAUCUGCCCGGAGUUCCGCCACCAUCUCGAUGGCGUCGAGCGCGUGGACUCCAUAAGCAUGAGCCCACACAAAUGGCUUCUCACAUGCCUCGAUUGCACCUGUCUCUACGUCCGUGAUGCUCACCGCCUCAGCGACUCACUGGAGACCAACCCAGAGUACCUCAAGAACGAUGCUACAGAGUCAGGCGAGGUCACCGAUCUUAAGGACAUGCAAGUCGGCGUCGGUCGGCGCUUCCGUGGGCUCAAGCUCUGGAUGGUCAUGCGCACCUAUGGUACCGCAAAGCUCCAAGAGCAUAUCCGUAGCGACGUCGCCAUGGCCAAGAUGUUUGAAGAUUUUGUUCGUGCCGACGACAGGUUCGAGGUGGUCGUACCAAGGAACUUUGCUCUUGUGUGCUUCAGGAUCAAGGCGACUGGAGCCAUGACGGAGGAGGAUGCCGAUGAGGCUAACCGUGUGCUAAUGGAGAAUCUGAACAAGACCGGUAAGGCUUAUCUUGCACACACGGUGGUUGGUGAUAGGUUCGUGCUUCGAUUCGCCGUGGGGUCGUCCCUGCAGGAGGAGAGGCAUGUGAGGAGUGCCUGGGACCUCAUCAAGAAGACUACUAGCAGUAUCAUUCAGGAAACCAUGACUAUCUGUUGA